AUAGAUAUCCUGUUUCUGUCUGAUCCUAACCAAAAUAUAUUUCUUUCAACUUCUUUAAUCUAUGAUCCUAACCUAAGUGAAUACAACAAUUUCCUAAGUAUACAACACGAAAGGAGGAAAGGUUUUAAUUAGCAAAAUUGAGUAAAUCGAGGUAUUAUCUAAAAUGGAGACAAGUAUGGAAAUUGAUGAAGUACCCCAGUCACACUCUUCAAAAUCUAGCAUGAAUGCAAAGAUAAAACAUCACAACAUCCCUUGGAUUGAAAAAUAUCGUCCGGAAAAAUUUGAAGAUAUCGUUGGGAACGAGGAUACGGUUAGGAGAUUGGCAGUUUUUGCUAAACAAGGAAAUGUACCAAAUAUAAUUGUUGCUGGCCCUCCAGGUGUUGGUAAAACUACAGUAGUAUUGUGUCUUGCAAGGACACUUCUGGGACCCUCAUUUAAGGAUGCUGUAUUGGAAUUAAAUGCCUCAAAUGAUAGAGGAAUCGAUGUUGUAAGAAAUAAAAUAAAAAUGUUUGCCCAGCAGAAAGUAACACUUCCUCCAGGACGACAGAAAAUUAUUAUAUUAGAUGAAGUUGAUAGUAUGACAGAAGGGGCACAGCAGGCUUUAAGAAGGACAAUGGAAAUAUAUAGCAACACAACAAGAUUUGCUUUAGCCUGCAAUUAUAGUGAAAAAGUUAUCGAGGCUAUUCAGUCUCGGUGUGCGAUAUUAAGAUACUCAAAAUUGACUGAUGCUCAAAUUUUAGCAAGAAUUAUACAGAUAUGCCAAAAGGAAAAUGUAGAGUACACUGAAGAUGGACUGGAAGCUAUAGUAUUUACUGCCCAGGGUGAUAUGAGGCAAGCACUAAAUAAUUUGCAAUCAACUCACAAUGGGUUUGGUGUAGUAAACUCCGAGAACGUAUUCAAAGUUUGUGAUGAGCCUCAUCCUUUAUUGAUCAAGGAAAUGUUAAUGCAUUGUAUAGAUGCAAACAUCAGGAAAGCUUAUAAAAUAAUGGAACACUUGUGGAACUUGGGAUAUGCAGCUGAGGAUAUUAUCAAAAAUUUGUUCAAAGUUUGCAAGAAUUUGGACAUACAUGAACUGCUGAAGUUAGAAUUCAUUAAGGAGAUUGGUGUAACUCAUCAAAGAAUUGUUGAUGGUACUAUCAGUUUGUUACAAAUGUCUGGACUUCUUUCAAGAAUGUGCUUACAUGGUAAACAUUUUCAGGGGAGAAAAUAAUAAUUUUUUUAUAAUAAAAUACUUUAACUUUUUUCUUCAAUAAAUAUUCUUUAUAUAUGUAA